AUGGAAAAAAACGAAUAUGCACUUGAUUAUACUCUUCAAGCAGAAUAUAAUCUUCUUCGAAAACAAUUUAUACCUGGCAUUAUUGUUAUUCCAUCGGGAAAAUCAAAUCUAAUAUGGAAUGGUGUUCAUUUUAUUUCUCAAGGUCCUUAUGAAGGUGGUGUUUUUCGUUUUAUAAUUAUAAUACCAAAUACAUUUCCUGAUAACGAUAGUCCACAAGUGCUUUUUACAUCAUCAGUAUAUCAUCCUCAAAUAAAUCCACAUACAGGUGAACUUGAUAUAAAACGAUAUUUUCCUGUAUGGAAACGUAAUGUACAUCAUCUUUGGCAAGUUUUACGUUAUAUUAGACGUAUAUUUCAAAAAAUUGAAACUAUAAAUGCAGUAAAUUCUGAUGCGGCUCAUCUGUAUGAUCAUGAUCCAGGAGCAUUUCUUUUAAAAGUAUCUGAAUGUGUCAAUCAAUCAAAAGAUAAUCUUUAUAUUCCUGAUUCAUCAACUAUUGAUGAUCCACAUGCUAUUAUAUUUACACCAUGGAAUGAAAGAUUACAAACAGUACGAGAACAUCUGUUAGCUGGAACGAAGCAAGCUUUUGAUAAUAUUCAUGGUUUAUCAUGGAUGAAACCAGGUGUUUAUCAAAUAUUAGCACGAGAAGAUACUUUACCAAGUCAUCAAAAUUAA